GAAUCCAAUUGAACCAAGUUCCGGACCGAGACGCGCUGGUGCGCACGCGCGGGCACGCUCCUGGGCGGGCCCUCGACCGCUGGUCCCGCCCAGACGUCCGGCGUUUCCCCUCUCGCGGCUAGGCGGGGCAGCGUCGCACGGGAAAAACGCGGGCUAGAGGCUCUCUGCGGGCUACAGCGGCGGAAUGGCAAGUUUUGGGGGCCUGGUCCUGCGACCCUGGAUUCGAGAGCUGGUCCUAGGGUCAGAGGCACUCUCAAGCCCUCGGGCGGGGCAGCUGCUCAAGGUACUGCUGGAGGCCAAGGCCCAGAGCCCGUCCGGUGUCCCUGAGCCGCCCGACGCGGAGGCCGUGCUGCUUAUAUCCGACGGGACCCACAGUAUCCGAUGCCUAGUGACGGGUGAGGCCCUGAACGCCUCAGACUGGGAGGAGAAGGAGUUCGGCUUCAGAGGGACAGAAGGCCGGAUGCUGCUGCUGCGGGACUGCAAGGUCCGCGUCCAGGUCGCCGAGGGAGACACGCCUGCGGAGUUCUACCUCCAGGUGGACAGCUUCGCUCUGCUGCCCACGGAACAACCCCGGGAACAGGUGACUGGUUGCAACGAGGACCCAGAUGUGCGGAAAAAGCUCUAUGACUGCUUGGAGGAGCACCUUUCAGAGUCCACCUCCUCCAAUGCAGGUCUUUCACUGUCCCAGCUUCUGAAUGAGGUAGAGGUGGACCAGGAGCAUCAGAAGGCAUUAGUGCGCCUGGCUGAGAGCUGUCUGAUGCUGGCAGGUCCUGACACAGCAGCCCCCAUCACCCCCUGGGCUGCCUCUCGCUGCAGAAGCACGGGAGAAGCUGUGUACACUGUCUCCAGCCUACGGCUGCACAUCUCUGAGAAUGACCAGCAAAUCCUGAGCUCUCUGGGCCCAAGUCAGAGGGCACAGGGCCCCGAGCGAUCCCCAUCACACCUGGCUCUGCAGGACCUGUCGCUGAGUCUGAUCUCCUCCCCUCCUUCUUCACCCAGUUCCUCAGGAACCCCUGCCUUACCCAGCCAGCUGCUGUCAAAGGAGAACAGUGCCAGCGUCAGCCUUCUGCCUCCUCUGCCCUUGGCUGCUCCAGACCCAGUGCAGAAGGGCAGCUCCCUGCCCCCCGGGUCCCCACAUCCCAGCCAUGUACCCAACACCCCACUCCUGAGCUGCACCCCAAGCCUGUCACGCCCUGGCCGUGCCCCCAGUGUACACCAGGCCCAUGUAAGCAGGGCCCAGAAACCUAGCCUGGAAUUCAAAGAGCUUGGGUUACCCCCCAAGACCUGGCAGCAUUCUCCAAGGACAAGAACCACCGAGGGAGCCCUGGAGUCCAGCUGUGUCUGGGACCCCCCAGAGAGGCAUCGUGAUGGUUCUGCCUUCCAGUAUGAGUACAAGCCACCUUGCCCCUCCCUGUGUGCCCAGGUCCAGGCUGCCAGGCUCCCUCCCCAGCUCGUGGCCUGGGCCUUGCAUUUUCUGAUGGAGCCACAGCCGGACUCUGAACUGACCCAGGUGUGAGGGCUCGUGGGAGGAUGUGUGCACAGGUCCAGGCCUGGGGGUGGAUAAACAGAGCUCCACACCAGCUUCCUUCGAGUUUUUUAAUAAAAUAAUCUCAUGCGGCAGAAAGGAAGAGGUCAGGG